CCAAGCCGAGUAUUAUUUUUGGAUUCCGGACCAACACAAUCCAUCAUAAUCCAGUGAGCUUCGUUUGGUGUUCGGAGACUUUUAAAGCUUUAUUUUGAAGUUUUGUUGUUCUCAAUGUCCGGGAGAUAUGUUACCAGAAGGAGAUAGAGUUCCAACGGCACCCUUAUCACCACAGGAGCUUGCUCUGCUGGCCACGAUUGACAGCCGCUUGUAUGGGUUCCUGAAACUAAACGCACCAGAAAAUACAAAAAAGAAGGCUCUUAUCGUCAGGGGUGUUAACCAUUUGGAGCAGAUCCUUAUCGCCUACCAGAAGCAAAAGAGCAAGCCAAAUGAGAAGAAAGGUGCUGACGGAAACACCGCUGAAAGGGAAAGUGCUACACAGAAGUGUGCUAGUGCAGCGCAAGGAACGGAAGGUUCAACUCCGGCUGACGCAGAACGAAAGUCGGAAUGCGAGACGGAGAACAAAUGCACAGUCGGUGAACAAAGCACCGAGCAGGUACCCCUGGUUAAAAAUGCUGGCCAAGUCAAGCCGAGUCAAGUCAAGGAGCUAGAUGCACGACUGUACUGCAAGCUGGGCCAUUUUCAGCUGCUGCUUGAAGAGUACCCGAAAGCCCUGUCAGCGUACCAGAAAUACUACGGGAUGCGGAACGACCACUGGAAGGAUGAACCGUUCUUGUAUGGACUUGGCCUGGUGUACUUUCACUACAGCGCUUAUCACUGGGCAAUCAAGGCAUUCCGGCAAGUUCUGUACACGAACCCGGGUUUCCCUCGGGCCAAUGAGAUCCAUCUUCGUCUAGGUUUGAUGUUCAAGGUCCUCACCGACUAUGACUCGUCGUUAAAGCAUUUCCAUCUAGCGCAGAACGAUUCCAGGCCAAGCAGUUUCACAAACGCAGAAAUACGAUUUCACAUUGCUCACGUCCUAGAAGUUCAGGGCAAAUACAAGCAGGCCAAAGAAACGUACGAGCAGCUGCUCGAGCUCAAGGACCUACCCCGCUCUGUAAGGGCGGAAACAUUAAGGCAGCUGGGUUGGAUGCACCACACCCUUGAGCCCUUGGGUGAGAAAGGGCAGCGCCAAGGGCAGGCACUUCAUUGCUUGCAACGAUCAAUUGAAGCCGACCCAUCCAGUGGGCAGAGCCUUUACUUCCUGGGACGCUGUUUUGCAAGCUUGGGAAAAGUGCAUGAUGCGUUCAUUUCGUAUCGAAACUCUGUUGACAAGGCCGAGGCCAACGCUGACACCUGGUGCUCCAUAGGGGUGCUGUACCAGCAACAGAGUCAGCCGAUGGAUGCCUUGCAAGCGUAUAUAUGUGCAGUGCAACUAGACAAAGGCCACACUCCAGCAUGGACGAAUUUAGGCAUUCUUUACGAAAGCUGCAACCAACCACAGGAUGCACUCAAGUGCUAUCUCAAUGCCAUGCAGGGAAAAGGUACAGUGAGCUCGAACUUGAGUACAAGGGUGAAGUUUCUGCAGGGGCAACUGAAUAGUGCGCCUCCAGCAAAUAUUCAAAAACCGCGUCAGCUUCCUUGUAUCGAGGAUGCGUGGAAUAUCCCAAUUUCUCAGGAGAUGGCAUCUCGUCAAAAUAGUCAACAAAGCAGGGCGGUACCAACAGCUGGUGCACCGCAGAGGCCACCAAUACAGCAGCAGCAGCAGCAGUAUGGUGCCUAUCCUGUGAACCAGGGCAGUACUGGUGGAAAUCAGCCUGCACAGUAUCAAACUCAAGGUAUGGCGGGUUAUCCUCCUGGAGGGUCUGAUCAGACGGACCAAGAUGGAAACAGUGCAAAGAAGCUCAAAGUCACUUCGGGAUCUCCUAGGGCUGUGACCCCUGGUGCCGCUCCAGAGGCAGGGAACAUAGUGGGGCCACGGCCGCCUGGAGUUGUGGCUCCUCCUCCGUUUUACCUCAACCAACAGCAGUUGCAAGUCCUCAACUACCUGCAGCAGAACCAGGCAACACUGAAUCCACAGCAACGAGCAUUACUGCAGCAGCUGCAGCAGCAGCAUCGCCUCAUGAUGCAGCACAAACACCAAAUGCUCCAGAGACAGCUGCAGCAACAACAACAACAACAGCAGCAGCAGCAGCAGCAAGGAACAGCAGGUGGUGUCGUGCAGGCGGGUGUUACUGGUAGCUACUCUGUACGUGCGCCAAUCUACCAACAGCAACAAGCAACGUAUGGACAGUCAUCGCAACAAAGGGCUCAGGUACCACAGGGAAUGGUGAGGCCCGGUACUUUACCCGUGGGCGUACCUCGACCGAUGGGGACACCAGCCGGAGUGCAGCAGCAGCAGCAACCUGGGGUACCUGCUGUGUCAGCUCCUGUGCAGCAGCAGAGACUUCCAUACCCCCAGGCCCCAAGUGGAGCGGUCACCCAAACACAGCCAGGAGGUCGUCCUCCAAUGGCCAUUACGCCUGGACAACCUGAACCAUCUCCUCCAGCUACACCGCUCACUGAUCGCGACCUGCAGUUGUUGUUAUCACAGCGGGAACUAGCGAGCUCGCUUGCUGAAGACCUCUUGGCACAAUUUACGGGCGAAUUGCUGGAGCCAACGCCACAGGUUACAGAAGGGAAUGCCUGCAGUAGUACAGCGAGGACGGGCGCUGAAGCAGCGAAGCAGUCUGUUGCCGACACCAAGUCUGCUCUGGGUGGAGAAGGGGUUGACAAGGGCUCGGGAGGUGAUAAGCUGAAGUCAGUGAAGCCUGCAGCUCCUUCAAUCCACAUGACUGCAGCUGAAGUUCUGGAAGGUUGUGCAGAAGUAGCUAGGAACCAGAUGUUCUUUGUAAAUCUUCUCUCCGACGACCCGGCACCUCCAAAACCACCGGAGAGGCCUGCGGUCACAGUCACCAAAGAUAUGUUGCUUCCACAGACACCCAGUGUAUUUCUGGAGAACAAGAAACAGGCGUUUUCACCCCAGCUCCAGGAGUUCUGUGUUGCCCACCCCAUUGCAGUAGUCCGGAAUAUUGCAAACGUUCUCAAACUUGAUCUCGGUCUCUUUUCAACAAAAACCCUAGUCGAAGCAAACCCAGACCACACAAUGGAAGUACGGACCCAGUUGAUGCAAUCAUCCGAUGAGAACUGGGAUACAGAAAGGAAGAACAUGGUGUGGAGGUGCGAGAGUCAUCGAUCACAUACGAGCAUAGCUCGUUACGCUCAAUAUCAGGCAUCAUCCUUCCAGGAAUCGCUGAAAGAAGAACAGGAAAAGGCUCAGGGUGUGCAGCGCGAGUCAGACAGUGACUCUAAUUCCUCGUUGCCUUCGAAAGGUGGCUCGAGGCGUUGUCGUAAGACAGCGGGACAUUUCAAGACCAUCAAGUUUGGCACAAACGUGGACCUUUCGGAUGAGCGAAAGUGGCGGCCGCAAUUACAGGAACUCACGAAGCUUCCUGCAUUUGCGCGGGUGGUGUCUGCUGGUAACAUGCUCAGUCACGUCGGUCACACGAUCUUGGGUAUGAACACGGUUCAGCUGUACAUGAAAGUACCCGGAAGCAGAACGCCGGGCCAUCAGGAAAACAACAACUUCUGCUCAGUAAAUAUCAACAUUGGUCCGGGGGAUUGCGAAUGGUUUGCCACUCCAGAGGAGUAUUGGGGUGUGAUUCAUGGACUGUGUGAGAAGAACAACAUCAACUACCUGCAUGGAUCUUGGUGGCCACUGAUGGACGACCUCAUGCGCGAGAAGAUACCCGUCUACCGCUUCCUGCAACGGCCCGGAGAUUUGGUCUGGGUGAAUGCCGGGACCGUGCACUGGGUACAGGCAGUGGGCUGGUGCAACAACAUAGCCUGGAACGUCGGACCCCUGUGUGCCAGCCAGUUCAGGCUAGGAGUGGAGCGCUAUGAAUGGAACAAAUUGGAGGCCUUCAAGUCAAUUGUGCCGAUGGUGCAUCUCACUUGGAACCUGGCAAGGAACCUGAAAGUGUCCGACCCUUCACUCUUUGAACUCGUCAAGUCCUGCCUGAUGAGGUCGCUGAGGCACUGCCAGGUUAUCAUAGAGUAUGCGAAGAGUAUUGGCAAAGAGAUAAGGUGGCACGGGCGAGGCAAAAAUGAGAUUGCUCACUACUGUUCCAACUGUGAGGUGGAAGUGUUCGACAUCCUGUUUGUAAAAGAGGUUGACAAAAAGCACGUUGUACAUUGCCUGGAUUGCAGCCGAAGAAUGUCUCCAAAGUGGGAAGGGUUUGUUCUACUUGAGGAAUACAGUAUGGAGGACCUCAUGGAUGUCUAUGACAACUUCAUACUACAUCCUGCCAUGUCCGCUGCCCCAAGUUCGUCGUGACAGUGAAGUUUGUUGUAGAAGAGCUGGUGUAGGACAAUCCCAAAUGGCUCAGCUUCCGCGUGUGCUGGACUUCAGAAACGCGUGAAUGACUGUCUCAGGUUCAUCAGCUCAACACACAUACGUACAAUCACGAGCAUUCAUCUGUCCUCUGCGUCACGUGUAAUAUACUGUUGAUCAGACGGCAGCCUCCCUGUGGCAAGCUCGACGGGCUGCUUGCAUCGCCCGUGUGAUUCCAGAAGUGCGGGACUGGUCCUGGUGUAAAGUAAAAGUGUGUGUGUGGCUUCAGUGUUCGGUAGUGCAACCUAAUCACACCUUUCCGUCGUGUACAUUUUUGAGAAAGGGUGUCCACCCUGCCGUGAGGUAAGGGUGCGUUUGUGGAGCUGAGCCCGUCAUGUUCUUGUAAAGCUUUCGAGAGAGAAGUCAGUUUGUCUGCACGAGCGGUUACUGUAUAUUGUUGGCAAGAUGUAUCUGACGUAUUGUAUGCUGCUACAGUGGUAGUAAGAGAUUUAAUUACGCACGGAGCGGAAAAUUUGACGUGUUCAAGGUGUAGUUUGACGGCUUGGUAUGCAUUAGGGAGCUAGUGCAGUCAUGCUAUCUGAAGUUUAGUCAGCACAAGCGCUCAUUUUCUUCCACAUAGGAUCACGUGCAUACAUUGACAAAGUAUGUUGACGCUCACUAUCAAGUCAGGAUAUCAUGGCUGUAAUAUAGAUCUUUAAUGCAUAUGAGGUCAGAUGAGGCAAUGAAAAUGACUUUUGAAAGGCCCAGGUGGUAGGCAGGUGAAUAUGGACCCGUGGGAAUGCCGUUGAGCUAAUACAAGAUCUUCAUUGUUGCCAUUUUUCAUCGGUGACUGCAUCAAUGCAUUAUGCCCUUACUUCGAGACAAAAAAUCCCGUUACCUAUUCAUCAUACAUUUCGUUUAGUGUUGCCAUAACACUUCUGCACCCAGUACCACUGCCAUUUUUACUGUGGAAACUGCCACUGCCUUUAUCUCAUAGCAAAUACAUACACAAAAUACAUUUGUAAUAUACAGAGUUUAUAUAUGAAGGCUUUUUCCAACGCUUUCAGUACAUCCAGCUGGCCUUCAGGUAAUUUUACGUUGCUCGUGGAAAACACAAUGCCAAGUGUUUGUCAUGUGCAUGUUUUCUAGUUUUUUACCAAGCUGUCCGAAGCACACUGCCCCCCUUCAAACAUUGCCAUGCAGUAUAAAUAGUGUUCAGAAAAGGACUUACUCACAGGCACGUUCAAUGAUCUCACCACCAGGGCAAAUUCUUGUAUAUUUAUGAUUUUGUCUAUAGUUUCAUUAUUUGCUCUGGCAUCCCCACCUGUAUUUAUGUAAUGUGUCCGCAUUAGAAGACAUUUUGUCAAUUAAAAUGAAACGUGCUGAGA